AUGGUAAAGACUAGGCACAGCGGUGACAUUGACACUGAAUCGCCGCCAACAUUUAUAUCACUAAACAACGAGAAAAGUCGACAUUCCUUGAAAAGUGACGAUCCUUCAGGAGGACAGUCAGAAAGAUCAUAUGGCGACAGAGGAGAUGCAUACAACAUAUUUGAUGAGAAGGUGGUUGAAUCACGUCUAAGGCCAAGAAUUGGGCCAAGUAGAGCCUACAACUACAUUGAUGUUGACUCUUCUGAUGAAGAAAUUAUCAGGAGGCACCACCAUUUUCCAGUUCAAGCAUAUUCAUCAGAACGUUUGAGAGCACGAUAUAGCAGAUCUGAGGAAAUGAAGAAUGAAAUGUUGGACAAACAGGAACGGCCGAGGCGAAUUUUGCGCCGGCAGUCUUCCCCUCACGAAGAUACAGAGGAGCAGACUACAGAAGAGGAAGAUGAAAACGGUAGAGGAGGUAGGCCACGCAGAGAGAAAUGCUUAGACAGGCAUGACGAUAAAAGAAAGCAGAGAAGUUCAGGCAGACAUCGUCAGCUUUCUUUAGAAGAGAAUGAGGACAAUGAAUCUGACCGCAAAAGCUUACGCAAGCGACCGCGACAUUCAGCAGAAGAGGAUGAGGAUGAAAUCACACCAAGUCAUAAUUUACGGCAGCAUCCCACAACGGAAGAUGAUGAACAUCUGAUUCGCAGAAGUUCGCGAACCAGGCGUCAGAUUUAUGAUACCCUGAAUCAGUCAUACCUUGUGAGCAUUCCUGGGCAAUCCAGACAUGGUUCAGGUGACAACAACGAUCAGUCUGACACAAAAGAUCAAGACAGUGAUGACAAUCAGUUUUCUGACAUGUACAGUCGAGUGAAAAGAAAACGUGUACAGGUGAAGCGUAACAUGUACGGUGUGCCAGUUAGUGAUGAAUCUGACUCUGAGCAAGACAUUGCUAAAAGAAAUAAGAGUAAUAAUAACAAAGGGAGCCAUGACGAAGAGGGCAUAUCUGAAGAAGAUGACGAUGAUGCUGGUGAAAAUAUCAAAGAUGAGAGUAACGUGAAUAGGCAAGCUGGGAAACAGAAGAAUCUGUCUCUCCACAAGAAGCAGCCAGAAAUAGUGAAGUCUUACUCUCUGAGGGAGCACAAGCCCAGGACUGACCUGUAUAAGGCUCCAGUUGAAGAGAGACGAAUCAAGCGUAUUCAUGGCUCUGUCUUUUCUGGGACACAGACUAAGAAAAUCAUUAAUCAGGCCUACUGUUCACCAGCUCAGAAAAGAACAUUCAGGAAGCGUUCAGCUUUCCACUCAAGCUCAAGUUCAACAUCUUCUGAUAGUGAAAGUAGUGAUGAGAAAAGUUUUAACCGCCGCAAAGCACGGAGCAUGGAGAAGGCUCGGAGCAGGAUGAUGCCACUGAACUCAAACACUAGUGCUCUUCCUACCGCAAGUUUAAUCAAAGACAGGGUCAAGGCAGGCGCCAGUCUUGCUGAUAUUGAACCCAUGGCCAUAGACAGAAGUGUAACAUUUAACAGCAUUGGUGGACUUGGGAAACACAUAAGAGCUCUAAAAGAGAUGAUUGUUUUCCCACUUCUUUAUAAGCAAGUGUUCCAGCGAUUUAAAGUGGAUCCACCGCGGGGAGUCUUGUUCUACGGUCCACCAGGAACUGGGAAAACUUUAGUUGCCAGAGCUCUAGCCAAUGAGUGCUCACAGGGAAGCAAGCGGGUUGCAUUCUUUAUGCGCAAGGGAGCUGACUGCCUGAGUAAAUGGGUGGGAGAAUCUGAGAGACAGCUGAGACUCUUGUUUGAUCAGGCCUACAAAUUUCGACCAUCCAUUAUUUUCUUUGAUGAAAUUGAUGGACUGGCUCCAGUGAGGUCCAGCAGACAGGACCAAAUUCACAGUUCAAUUGUGUCUACCCUGCUUGCCUUGAUGGAUGGGCUGGACAGUCGGGGUGAGAUAGUUGUCAUUGGAGCUACAAACCGUAUUGAUUCUCUGGAUCCUGCUUUAAGACGUCCUGGUCGUUUUGACAGGGAAUUUCUAUUCCACUUGCCAUCUUUGGAGGCCAGAAAGCAAAUUCUGAAAAUCCACACAGCAGCCUGGAGUCCAAAACUGAAUGAUGAUUUUAUAUCUGAACUCGCUGAAAAAUGUGUUGGUUACUGUGGAGCAGAUCUGAAAGCUUUGUGUACAGAAGCAGCCAUGUUAGCACUGCGCCGCAGAUACCCACAGAUUUAUCUUACUGAUGAAACUUUGCAGCUGGAUGUCUCCUCCAUCAGUGUCUCAGCCAAAGACUUCUUUGAUGCAGUGAACAACAUAAUUCCAACGUCACAGCGAGCUGUAAAUACACCAGCCCGAGCUCUGCCAGCACGUGUUAGUCCACUGUUACAGCGACUUCUAGACAGGGUCCUGAGGCAGCUUUGUGACAUCUUUCCACCUUGCCUUGCCGAGGCAGCAUCAACUGAUGCAGCUGUGACAGCUAGUCAGGCCCACACUCUGGCAGAGAAUGGUAUUAUAUGGGAUGAAUUUGCUAGUGACGAGGAUGAAGACAGUCCAUCUAUAUUUGUUCAACCUACCUCAACCAAAGGCAGCAAAGUAACUAAGCAAAACAUAGAGGAACGGCCUAGCACCUCCCAUGCAAAGCCAACGUACCUGAGUUUUGCAAGUUCUGCCACAAGCCGUCCUGCUACAUUCCGCCCACGUAUGAUAUUAGUUGGUAAAGCAGGCCAGGGUCAGAGCACGUAUAUAGCUCCUGCAAUUGUACAUAAGAUGGAGAACCUUCCAGUACAUGUCCUGGACCUUCCAACUCUGUAUGCUGUGACUGCUAAAACUCCUGAAGAAUCAUGUGCCAAUGUGUUCCAUGAAGCAAAACGCAAGUGUCCAAGUAUAAUCUACAUGCCAUAUAUCAACCAGUGGUGGGAUGUCAUGGGUGAAACUCUGAAGGCAGCUCUGCUGACUCUUAUACAGAACCUUGAUCCAUCAUUGCCACUGCUUUUGCUGGCAACGAGUGAACAGCCUUAUCAUACACUGGAUCAUGUGCUUCAGUCAUUGUUCAGUCAAGCAUCCAAUGAAGUGGUGCAGAUGACAGAUCCCAACAUGGAAGAGAGAAGAGCUUUCUUUCAAGAUUUGCUACUUAGACAAGCUAUUCGACCUCCGCCACAGAAGAAACAAGCAGCGCAACGGAUGCUAGAAGUCUUGCCCAAAGCUGCACCUCCCAAACCCAGAGAGCUGACGGAGGAGGAGCUGUCCCUCUUGGUAGAAAAAGAAGAGCUCACCCUGAUGGAGCUGCGCAUCUUUUUGCGAGAUGUCCUCAAUAAAUUAGGUGGCGACAAGAAGUUUUCCAUAUUUGCCAAGCCUGUCAAUGUUGAAGAUGCCGCAGAUUACUAUGACAUCAUUGAACACCCGAUGGACCUGUCCACCAUGAUGGGAAAGAUAGAUCUGCAUGAGUACACUACAGUAAGGGCAUUCAUGAAGGACAUUGACUUGAUCUGUUCCAAUGCCUUGGAAUACAAUCCCAACAGGGGCCCAAUGGACCGAAUCAUUCGUCACCGAGCAUGUGCUUUAAAGGAUACAGCUUAUGCUAUCAUCAAAACUGACUUGGACAAGGACUUCGAGAAAGCUUGUGUAGACAUUGAGGAGUCACGGAAACGAAGAGAUCACAAGUCUACAACUGUGCCAAAUUUCUACUACACCAAGCCUAAUGGACAGCAUCAGUUGUCUUGCAAGUCUCAGUCUGUCACACUCAGCUAUCUUGACAACUCAAAACCAUCCAGAUCCAUCCCAAAACCAGAAGGCGAGAGAUUUAGCCGCAGGGUUCGUGGCAUGAACAUUGAUCCUGUGCCACCUCUAGAAGCUGUAGAGAAAGUUUACAAGAUGUCACGGACAGGCGUCUCCCCCUCUGAGGAAGGCAAGGAUGAAGGUCACAAUGAGCCAGGAUCUGCUGCACCUCGGGGACACACUUCUUCCAAUGCAAAAGGGGAGAAAGGAUGUAGUAGCAGUGCCACACAGUUGCCUUUAGACAGAGCUCACUCGAAUGAAGAAAAAACAGUCGUCAUCGCUGUACAUAAGCUGGAUGAGCAAAAGAAAAUGGUAGCAUCUUUAUCAUCAAGUAGCAAAAAGAAAAAGAAUAAAUGUGUAUGGUGUAAGCCUCGCCGCAAGCGUCCUAAAUUUUCCAUUGUGCGGCAUUCACUUAAUCGGGUGAGUGGGGGCGAGGGAGCUGAGGAUGAGAUGAGUCAUGAGGAAAUGAAUGAAGAGACAGCAGCCCAUGAUGCUCACAAAACAGACAGUGUGCAGCUUGUAGUGGAUACAACAGAACCUGAAGAAUCAAAAGAAAUGAGAAGUCCAGGCAGAAUAUUUACAAGAAGUAGAAGUCCUGCCCAUAUAAGUCCAGCAGCCACUUGUUCUUCUAGAAUCAGCACCAGGCAGAGCAGUGUGAGUCCCCGCUCUAUAGCAGCAGCUCACUGUAGUUCUACAGCCCAGCCUCAAGAUCAUUCAAAUGCACCAGAGCCAAGUAAAGAAAGUGAACCUAUGAUUGUGGAUGAGCCUGCACCUUCAGAAAACAAAGAGCAGAACUCUGAAAAAUCUGUUACUGAUUCCAUAGACGUCCCUAGUAGUAAUUCCGACCCAUUAGUACAGGCAUCGCCACUAGUCGCUGACCUUCCAGAGAGACCCAAAGCUAUGAAAAGACUAGAUCUAGAAUCUGUAACUGUAGACAGUGGGGUGGGCAGCUCUGUUGACAGCAAUGGAGAUUCACGUGACAGUAUGGAUCACAGAGGAGAGGGAGAUCCUGGAGCCAGAGCUGUAUCUGUCUUUGCUGGAGCUGAAGAUUUUAAUCAGAACUGCAAUAAAGAUCUCAUGAACAGAGCAAGUGCAAUCUUAAACGAACCCACUCAGAAAGUAGUGGUAGAUAUUAAUCGUCUAGUAUCCUUGCUAAACCGCUUGGUUGCUCGCACCGAUGGCUACUCUGUGGAGUCUUUAGAGAAAAUAUACAGUCAUCUCAGUCAAGUGAUCUUCAGACAUCGUCAUGAGUAUGAUAAAAGUGCUAUGAUUUCCGUCCUGGCACAGAAAGUGGAUGAACUAACACACAUCGAACCUUUACUCAAGGCAACAUCCUCGUCACGACCUCCCACUGUUAAAGCAGAUUAG